GGUACAUUUUGUGGGCGGAGAAAUUACUGAAGGAAGGAAGGAAAUCGCAAGACGUUCUCGGCUUCGUACUGGGGACACGCUUUGGGAUCUGCAUCACUGUCAGUAUUUGUGGGAAAAGGUGUUAUGGCUGGUAGCACCAAUAAAACGGUCUUCGAGAUUUUUCAAACAAUGGAUUACGGACCAUCCAGUUCGAGCUUCUCCACUGCCCAGUCCUGGCUGGAGCAGCAGAGGGGUUCCCUCGGCCUGUUUGUGGAGGGGAAGUUCGCCCGGCCAGCCGACAGGCAGACACGCAGCCUAACAGACUCCACAGGCAAGACGGUGGUCAGCUUGAUGUGUGCAGUGGAGGAGGAUGUGAGUGCCUGUCUCUCCAGUGCAGCUAAGUGUGCCAAAGGGUGGAGUGAGCUUAGUUGCCACCAGAGGGCUCAACCUUUCCUGAGGUUGGCGAGUGCAGUUCAGAAGCACAGCCAGUGUGUGUCUGAGCUCUGCGAGCUCUCCCAGUCUCCCUGCUCCCCUGCCGCGCUGGUGCGACUGGCCCAGUACUACACCAGCUGGGCUCAGCUCCGGGACACCCUCAUCCCCGACUGGACGCCCAGAGGUGUGGUGGCAGUGAUUGGAUCUGAUGACUCCUCACUGUAUUCCCUCUGGCUCAAAGUCUUACCAGCUUUAGCUGUGGGUAACACUGUUGUGGUGGUCCCUGGGAUGUCAACGGCCCCUCCCUCUCUCCUAUUGGCUCAGCUCUUUGGAGAAGCUGGACUUCCUGUUGGAGUGCUGAAUGUGAUUACAGGAAGUGAUGUGUCUCUAGGUGCCAAAGUAGCGCAGAAUCCCAACGUAGCAUAUGCAACAUACACUGGCAACAAACAGGAUGGAGAGACACUGUGUAGGCAGACGGCAGGUUGGGGGGUGCCAGUUUCUCUGUCCCUUCCUCUUGACUCUGUGUGUCCAUACAUUAUCUUUGAGUCUGCUGACAUUGACAGCGCUGUGGAUGGCGUCAUGGAAACAGUCUUCAAAAAGAGGAGAGAGUACCAGUGGGUGCUGUACGUGCAGGAGUCAGUGCAGGAGAGUGUGGUGGCUCGCCUGAAGCUGCGCCUGGCCGGGAUGAAGAGUAUCCCUCUGCAGUCCGACGCCCACAGAGCUCUGGUGGACGCUGCAGUGCAGGAGGCUGUGGGACAGGGGGCGACAAUCAUCCAGCCAUGUUCUCCACCUCCGUCCGGUGCCCUCUACCCGCCGACCCUGCUGUCUGGGGUCGCCCCGUCUUGCCAGUCGGUGAUCUGCCCUGCGCCCGGUCCUGUACUGCCCCUUCUAACGUUCCGCAGUGCUGGAGAGGGAGUUACUCUGGGGAACCACAGCCCUCAUGGCCAGGCUGCCUCCGUCUGGACAGAAGACCUGACUUUGGCUCUGGAGACCACCAAGAGCCUGGCAGUGGGCACCGUGUGGGUGAACUCCCUGGGCGUCUCUGACCCCUCGCUCUCGCUCUCAGGAAGGAAGCACAGCGGCAGCUGCACAGACGGAGGAAGGGAGGGCCUGUACCAGUUCCUGCGGCCAUCCCACUCCUCCCCCCUGCCCCGCUCCUCUCCCUCUGCCCUGGACUACGCAGGCUUUGGCGCAGCUGCAGCCAAGGUGUCCGUACCUGAGGGAUUUGACCCUUCCAGCAUCCCUCGCUCCUACUCCCACUUGGUCGCGGGGCGUGCGUGCAAAGCUGACUCCGGCUGCAGUAGGUCUGUCCUGUCACCGGAGGGCGCUGUGCUGGCCCACUGCCCUGAUGGGGGACGCAAGGACGUUAGGAACGCUGUGGAGGCAGCCAUGAAGGCACAGCCAGGCUGGAUGAAGAAGAGUCCUUCUGCACGUGCUCAGUCCCUCUACUCUCUAGCUGGCCUCCUUGCCCAGAAGAGGCAGCCACUGGCCACAUCGAUUCAAACCCAGACCGGCCUCUCUCCAGAGGAGGCCACGCAGGAAGUGGACCUCAGCGUUUCCAGGCUGUACGAGUGGGCGGCUCGCUGUGACAAAGAUUUGUGUGGAGUGCCUUUUCUCCCUCAGUCAGGCUCUGCUCUGUCCAUGUCUGAGCCAGUUGGAGUGAUUGGCGUGGUGCUUCCUGACUCUAGGCCCCUCUUGCCUUUGGUUUCAUUGAUGGGGGCAGCAGUUGCCAUGGGCAACGCUGUUGUGAUGGUGCCCAGUGAGAAAUACCCACUGCCCGCACUGGAGUUUAUUCAGACGCUUCAAAGUUCUGAUCUUCCAGGGGGCGUGGUUAGUGUAAUCACAGGAAGCAGAGAUCAGUUGACACAGGCGAUAGCCAAUCACAGCGUGAUCCAGGCCAUAUGGUACUGGGGCAGUAAGGAGGGAUGUCAGUUCCUGCAGCAUACCUGCUCUAGCCCUUUGAAGCGCCUGUGGCUCCACUGUGAGGGCGACGAGGGGAAACCCGGCGGCGGAGCCCCCUGGACCCUCCCCCAGCCCUCGCUCAUGGAGGACAUGUGGAGACAGGCCGUGGUCUGGAAGAGCGUGUGGAUCCCGACGGCCUAAAGAAGAGCCGAAGUCUGAAGUAGUCUGAAGUGAUGCACUCAGCAGGGAGCAAUGAGAUUAAAGAAGAGUUGAAUUAAUGUUCCUUUUUUCAGGAAGGAGGGCACGGGGGGAUUAUUUUAGGUUAUGGCAGGGGCAGAGAUUGCGUAACACACUGAGCUACAUGUGAAACAGACAUUUGGACAUUUGAUUUUUUUUUCAGAUGGGGAUCAGGAUCAAGCGUACACUUCUGUUUUUGUGUGGUCACAUGGGAGACUCUGGCUGUAAGGAAUGAGGAACAAAGGAUGUCCUCGCGUUAAAGCAUGUGACUUUUGGUCUUAAAACGCAUCUUGUGAAGGAAAAACAAAUUUCCCCUUGGUGGUCUACAUGUCUUUCUCACAGUCAGAGCUUCUGCAUCAGUAGAUGUGAACAUGAGUCAUAAUUUGCUAAAUCAUCCAUUUGGAAAACAACUGAAAACCAGUGAAAAGAGAAGACGAAUGUUGGGCUAAGAACUCACAGGAAGCUCUUUAAGAAAUGCUACCUCUAACUCUGCAGUGCCAUUACCCAUACAUGAUUAAAUGUUCCCAAAGGGAGCAUACCUCAUUUAGUUCAACACACUGCCUUAACAAUUUAGAGCUAACAUUGAAACUGGGAUUUUGGGGCGCUGCUAAAAAUUAAAUGGACUCGGCUCAAAUGUUUGGAUUAGAUUCUAAUAAUAUGCUACAUAUAAAACCGGAUGAGUUGAAAGAUAGAACUCACAGGCAGAUUUCUGAAAAUGUGUCUUGAAGAAUCCCUCAUAUUUUCAGACCUGUCUCUGAUGUGAAAAUAAAGAACAUUUCUUGGA